UUUCAUCGUCUAAACGCGACCCGCCAUCGCACACAAAGAAGAGGCCGGAGCAGCAGAAGAAGAAGAGGAAGAAGAGGAAGACGAAGAAGACGAAGAAGACAAGAGGCGCUAUCGGGCUAGCUUGGCAGGCUACAUCGAGGAUAUUCAGAGGGUUGUCUUUCUUCAUCACACUGCCUCCCCCUUCGUCCCCCCCCCUCCCCACAUACGCUGCAGGAUUGCUGGGGUUUUAGCUCUCUUCCCGACCUGCCAACAUGCCAGCCGCACUUACAGAUUCCAGUCAGAUAAUCUGUGAGGUCUGGGCGAGCAAUGUGGAGGAGGAAAUGAGGAAAAUCCGGCAGAUUAUUCAAAGCUACAAUUACAUCGCCAUGGACACAGAAUUCCCCGGCGUGGUCGUCCGGCCGAUCGGCGAGUUUCGCAGCACAGUGGACUACCAGUACCAGCUCCUGAGGUGUAACGUCGACCUCCUGAAGAUCAUCCAGCUCGGCCUCACGUUCAUGAACGAGGACGGAGACUAUCCUCCCGGCACGACGACGUGGCAGUUCAACUUCAAGUUUAACCUCACAGAAGACAUGUACUCACAGGACUCCAUAGACCUGCUACAGAACUCCGGCCUCCAGUUUAAAAAACAUGAAGAAGAAGGAAUCGACACACUCUACUUCGCUGAGCUCCUCAUGACGUCUGGUCUGGUGCUGUGUGAAAACGUCAAGUGGUUGUCCUUUCACAGCGGCUACGACUUCGGCUACCUGGUGAAGCUCCUGACGGACGCGCGGCUCCCCGAGGAGGAACACGACUUCUUCCAGAUCCUCAACCUGUUCUUCCCCGCAAUCUACGACGUCAAGUACUUGAUGAAGAGCUGCAAGAACCUGAAGGGAGGACUACAGGAAGUAGCAGACCAGCUGGAGCUGAAGAGGAUUGGGCGGCAGCAUCAGGCUGGAUCAGACUCGCUGCUUACCGGCAUGGCUUUUUUCAGGAUGAAAGAGCUCUUCUUUGAAGACAACAUUGACGACGCAAAGUAUUGUGGGAGACUGUACGGCCUGGGCUCGGGCUCAACCCAACCCCAGAACGGCAUCUCCAGCUCGGGCCAGGAGGAGACGAACAACAAGCACUGACUGAGCGCUCGAUUCUUCAAGUGGAUUACGCACUUGUUUUAAAAGAAAAAAAAACACCCAACCAGCAGAUUUGUUUCCUCCUGAUCUCCCUCAACACUCGAAACAAAACGACAACACGUUUCUUUCAGUUUUCCUUCUGUCGGCAGUGGAUCCUUUGCUGGCUCACUCGUUUCUUUUUAGUCGCUUUUAUUGAGUAUAUGGCCAUAUAUUCAGAACACUUUUUUUUUUUUAAUCUGUUGGAUUUUUUUUUUUUUUUACAGCAUUAUAGUGACACCCUUGUUUAACAGCAUGGGACCAGCACCUGUUUCAUACUGUGAUCUCAGACGAAACCUUGACACACACAAAAAAAAAAACAGUCCGAUUCUUCAGUUCAGACUUUCCUUCAUCAGCUGGGACUCACUUCUUGUUGCAGGGAUUUCAAUUUUUUUAAGUUAAAUGUUGGAAGGGCCUGUAAAUUAAAAAUGUAUAAUUUUGAUGAAAAUAAAAAUGUUUUAGCUCUUUUCCACUUUCAGAAACUUUUAACAGUGAGCGUCAAAAAAAGAAAAAAAGGUGUAUAACUGUGCUUGGUUAUGCAUGUUUUCAAUGAGCAAACUACUGUCGUUCUGUACAUUCACCGACCAAACCGAACUGUUCGCCGGCAGGUUCACAGAUGUUGUGGUUACUGUUGUUUUUACAGUCUACAUUGUUUUAAACAGUUGUAUAUUAAAUUGUUUUGUAUUUUCAAUGUAAA